AUGCAACCUACUUGUGUGCGCCUACAGAUCGAGCACGAGCUUGAACAUCUCGUGGCGAAGUCUACGAAGUCGCUUUUGCGGCACGCGAUGGAGCAGCACGAGGAAAGUCAGAAGCAAGAAGGAAUAUGCGUGGCCACCACGGGCGGCGGCCAAUUCUCCUCCAUUACAAAACGCUUUUUGAAGAGUGUGAAGGACCUAAGUCAGGAGUUGCAGGGACCUCAUAUGCAGCUUCACUUCAUACGAUGUUUCAUUCCCAACAGCCAGAUGAAGCCUGACAAGUUUGAAAGGAAGACCGUAUUGCAUCAGCUACAACACUCGGGCACGUUGGCCCUGGUGGACAUCCUUCAUUCCGGGUUCCCCCACAGAAUGCCUCUGCGUGCCCUGGCAGCCCGAUUACGCAAGGUCAUAAUCCCCCUUGUGGAGAGCCGGCUAAAGGAACAAGAGGAAAAUGUGCAAACACUCUUGAAUCAGACGAAAGCCACACAGCGAGUAGGGGGAGACUCCAAGUCCCUGGAAGAAGAUCUAAGAAUACAGAGCCGCAUUGUUGACACGCUUAGGCACUGGAACCCGGGGGCCGCCAGAGAUCGCACGCUAGUGUCUGCGACCCUCGGAUUGCUGCCUCAGUGCCGGCCGGGCUCUUUUAUUUGCGGCGUUUCUUUGGUCUGCUUCAAGGCGACCGCGUAUGGAGAGGCUGCAGCAUUGAUUGCUGACCCCGGCCAGUUUUUCAAAACGCCAAAAGACUUAUGCCGACUUAUCACAGCGAUUCAGCGUCUGAGAUGGCGUGUUGCAGUUUGCAUUAUCCUACAUGUGCACCCGACCCUACUAUGGCUACAGCGGAGAGCCCUGUUGAUGAGGAAGAUCAAGGAGGCUGUUGCAAGCGCAGCCGUUAGGAUUAUCUUACUCAGGAAGCAUAUUCUGAAUCCCUUAAGGAAACGUGUCAUGCGACGGCUCUCCUUCCGUCAUGGGAUACGUUUAGUGGAGCAAAUGGUAUUCCACCAUUUCAAACGGAUGUGGCGAAGCUUUAAGAAAGGGCUAGCAGCCGUCGUGGCAACCGAAGUCGAAGGAUCCCCCUGGCCCUCAGAAGCGGCUGCUCACACCUUCAUGUCUCGAAACUCACUGUCAAGGCUAGGAUCCCACAUGCAAAGUGAUGAAAUAGCAGCAGCCGCAUGCACUUCAAAUUACCACCCUCAUGCGGUAAUCCAUCCUUGGAAUAGCCACAUUUUUCCAAUAAUUAAGUAUGCAGGGCACGGGCACAUGCAGUGCCAUCACGUGGCCAUUCAUCUGGGCAACAAACUUUACGGUGUCGACAUUUCAGCAGCAUUGGUGUCAAAAGGAAUCCAAAGUUUCUUCGGAGUGUCCGAUGAUCAGGCGGCAUGUGACACCCACUUUUUGCCAGCUGUCCCUCUGAUUGACCAGCAGCAUUAUACUUGCACGCCGACUGGACUUUCAGGCUUUCCAGUGGGAAACAGCGGCCAACCACUGCCCAAACUUGGCAAAGGCGGGCAGCCAAGAGUGGUAAGAAUUGCUAAGCACCCUUUGUGUGCUGGUCUGUUCCUGGCUGUCGACACAGCAGCAAAUCUAGUGGUGGCCGCUGCGCAAAGGGACCAUGGACCUGAAAGCGAGGAAGAUGCACUGCGGAUGGAUCUUCUAUCUCCAGCUUCCACUUCUUCUGGAGAGCCUUCAACAUGUUUGCCUGUCCUGGACAGUCGAGCUCCUGGACUGUCUAAACUUGUGUUGCACCCCUCGGAUGCCCAGUGCAGGGACACAUCCUUGCGGGCACCUACGAACUACCCCACUGCCACUCCAUGCAGUCACGAACAACCACAAAAACGCACUUCUGCGAAUCCUGCAUACGAAGACGAAGCGUAUCUCCCGAUGCGUUUAACGCACUCUCCAAUUCCACCUGGCGAAUGGCUACCACGAGAUCUUCUACACCAAGUGACACAGACAACCCAGUACAAGAAAGCUUGUGCAACCCACGUACAUCCCCCAACAGUGCGGCCGCUGAGUCUUUCCUUUGCUCAUCCACUGAGGACUGACUGUGCUAUCGUCGUGUGUCUCGUGCAAAGUGGCAGCAAAAGCAGCAGCGGCAACGUUAACACCUUGGGGAAGCUCAUCGCUGUCCUAAUAGAUUUAGUGAGAAGGAAGCCAGUUAGCUGGAUUCCUUUAUUCUUUGCAUCUCAUGACAUUUCCAUCUGCGCCCGCCGCAACCCUGCCUUCCUUCAACAACUUUCUGAGGUAUCUUCCAACAGUCGUACUGAGCGUAGCAGCAGUGCUACUGACGAACGCUACUCCCCAUCCUGCCAGCGACCUACAGCGCGCAGCCGCAGCACCAUGCUCUCCACAGUUCGUCUGCAGCCUCUCUGGGGCAACCUGUGGGCUGUUACUGGACCCUCUCUACUGGCUGUCUUCUCAGUCAACCUGAGGUGCCUGCAUCACCCACCGGCACGCCCUGAAGGCCAAUCAUGCAUCAGGGACCCCCCGCUGCGCCUUCUGUGGAACAUGCCCUCCAUUCCG